CGCACUUGUAUAUAACCCAACUCGCUUACCCCGAGUCUCAACGACAGCCUUUGACAUCAGGUGUAUAUUAUUGCCAAUUGUCGAUUUUUCACCAUGCCUCGUUCCAAGCGUUCCAAGAUCAUCCACGAGUCCAAGACCGCCAAAAAGUCCCACAAGGAACAGACCAGACGACUGUACGCUAAUAUUCGCGAAUCCGUCGAGAAAUAUGAUCACCUUUUCGUUUUCUCUGUCGACAAUAUGCGAAACACGUAUCUGAAGGAUGUGCGCACAGAAUUCGGUGACAGUCGCCUAUUUUUCGGCAAGACGAAGGUCAUGGCCGUCGCCCUCGGUCAUAAUCCCGAAACCGAGGCCGCUGAGAACCUCCACCUCCUCACUCCCUACCUGACUGGCGCUGUCGGUCUCCUUUUCACCUCUCGAGACCCCACUUCCGUUACCGAUUACUUCGAGUCUUUCCGGCCUAUGGACUUCGCCCGUGCCGGAACAGAAGCCACCCGAUCUUUCUCUAUCCCUGCCGGUCUUGUCUACUCCCGUGCUGGCGAGAUCCCUAUUUCAGAAGACGAGCCCAUCAGCCAUACGAUUGAGCCUGAGCUGCGCAAACUGGGUGUUCCUACCCGUCUUAUCAAGGGCAAGGUUAUGCUUGAGUUGACGGACGGGCAAGACGGAUUCCCUAUUUGCAAGGAGGGAGAUGUUCUGGAUUCCCGACAAACGACACUGCUGAAGAUGUUUGGGGUUGAGACGUCGGAAUUCAAGGUUGACGUGAAAGCUCAUUGGACUCGGGAAACCGGCAAAGUUGACAUCCUGACGAAGGACGAGGGUGGUAUGGAUGUGGAGUAAAUUGUUGGGUUUCUCAAAAGUGGUUUUCGUUUUCUUCCUUUUCACGGAAUCCCCUUGGGCAUCUCAUGGAGUUAGGAUAGGCGUUUCUUUCCCUUUAUUCACCACCACUAUCACUCUCGAGUCUCAGAUUCGACGCAACUUCACGAGCGUAUGACGGAUAUAUAGAAUACUAAACAAAGAAUUUCGUCUGUUCAUACCUUCGCGCUGGGAAAAAGUAGAGAACAAUUGUACCGUUUAACAGUCUACAAAAACUAAAUAAUUUGUCAUUUGAGGCUCAUUAAAAAAAAAG